AUGGAACUGUCUCGUCUCAAGGAUGAUCUGCAAAGUCGACUAAAUGAACGUGAAGCUGCCAUGGAGAUGAUGAAAAGGGAAGUGGAAACCAACAAUGCACGUCUCGUGAAUAACACUCGAACACUGACACAUACGGAGACGGAAAUUUUGGAGCUACGUCAAAAACUGGAACUGGCAGAGUCGCGAACGGACAAAUUCCGGGAAGAGAACUCCCAGUAUGUGACUAUUGUGUCUAGUCUGGAGGCGAGACUACUCGAACGGGACAAACAGAUGCGUGAAGUCGAGCUCUGCCAGGCGACUAUGCACGCAAAUCACGAGGGCAAACGAAAUACGCAACUGACAGAUGUGAUCCGUGAACUGAAACAGCAACUGGCUGAGUCAAGAAAAACGAGCGCCAUUUCUAAAGCAGAACGUGCUCAACUUCAGGAAACGGUGAGUCGGUUGCAAGGCGAAUUGUCAGCCAGAUCUGAUGCUCUGCGUCAGGCCGCCUUAGAAGCGGCCCGUUUGCGACGGGAUCAGGAAGCGGGAUUGGCCAAUCAAGCGAAUGAAUGGCGUGAGAGUAUGCGCCUGAUUGAAGCCAGUUACAAGGCUGAAUGUGAACGCACUGCCAAACUGGAACGGGAAUUGGAAGAAAUCAGAUCGUCGCAUGUUCAAGAAUCUGAGACUUUACUUAAGACGAAGGAGGAUCAACGAGGAUUAAAGUCACGGGUGGCCAACCUCGAAGAAAGAAACGCCAAGCUAACCAGAGAUUUGGACUCCUGUCGUGAGGACAAGAUACGCCUUGAGCAAGAUUGUGCUCUCUUGACUCAGAAGUUGGAUGCCUCUCGUUCCGAAGUGCAAGAAAUGAAUAACGUAUUGCAGACCAAACUUGAUUCGAAAGUACGCGAAUUGGAACAAUUAAUUCAGAAUACGAGCAAAAGUGCGACAUACGACAGAGGUAUUCAAACCACACAGACGGGACAGAUGAAUCCGGCGAACGUCAAUGAAACGGAACAGGUAGAGAAAAUUGUUCCCAAAACUUUGGAAUUAAAACAAGAUCGCCCUGUUGAGACUAAAACUCAACCACGCUCUGAGAUCAAGACCAGCUCGUGGUAUAAUACACCUAUGAAUUCGGAAAGAUUAUGGUCCCUUACCGAUAUUUCUUCUGUGGAAUCUCGAGUACAAGCUUUGAAAACGGCAAAUCAACGUUUGAGGGAAGAGGUGGCUAGCGCUUGUAAAGCUCUGCAAACGAGCAGUCUGCUUCAGGACCCCAUGAAAGAAGGUGUAUCACGUUCGUUAUCGGAGCUGCCACGAGGCGGAAAGUACCAGUACGCAUCUAAAUUGAGCGGUACUCAAGAACCGGAAAAGCGUGGAAAUGAAUCCAAAUCAUGUAACCUUGGUGGAAGCAGCUCCGCCCAAUGCGAAACUGACUGUUUGGGCAUCACUGGACCGCUCACUCGUGGGUCGGGAUUGGCUGUUUCGCAGACCAAUCGAAAACAACCAGAGCCCAUCAGUAAGGCCUAUUCACCAGCCGCUCCAGAAUUUGAAAUCCGGCCCCCGAGCGUUGAAGAUGACAUGGAAACUAAAGUGCUUCUGGUCAGCUUAGGAGUGAAAUGA